AUUUUUGUCGAAGACACAAAAACUUUUCAGAAAAUGGCGAAGAGUUUAAGAAGUAAGAGGAAGAGAACUAAUCGUAGAAUAAAAAGAGAAAAAAAUGCACACAAAGAAAUUGACAGAUUGAAAAGAUUAGCAGCCAUCAGAGAAAAGGCUUUGGGAUUGGACACAUGUACAGUGAAGUCUGGAUACCAGUUAAGAAAAGACAAAGAAGACACAGCGAUGGAAACAGAUAAACCAGCUAAACAAUAUGAUCCUAAAACAUAUAAAGAUGAGAAAGGGAAAUACCCUAGUUGGAUGAACAGUAGAACUAAGAAGAAGUUACGUCGUGAGGCCAAGGGUAAAAUAUUGCCUCCAAUGUACAGGCCUACCUGAGAUUCUACACAACGUAUUGCUUAUUGUACAAAUUGUAAAUAUGGGAAAAAAAUUCUGUCAUUAAAUUCAAUUGUUUUCUUUUUAUU